AUGGCAACUGCAUGCUCAGAAUGCAUCAAGGGUACCAUCCAUGAGGGCACACCGCAGGGCAAAGAAGAAAUAAUUCAUGGCCUGAAUACUUAUGUGAUUGGCAACCGCGUCAACCCGCGAACCAUCAUCGUGAUCUAUUCGGACAUCUUUGGCCUGCCGCUGCCCAACAACAGACUCAUCGCAGACGCUUAUGCCAAAAGCGGCGAGUAUCUCGUGUAUCUCCCAGACUUCUUCAAGGGCGACUCCGUGCCACUCAAGAUCGCCGACGUUCUGCUUCCAGUUGAUGCGACCAAGCAGUCGAAGCUUGCAAAGUAUUCUGGUAUUCUUGCAGGGAUGCCAUCUUUCGUGAUGUGGAUGACCAGGCACAAGACCGGACCGACCGACCAGACCUGUAUGAAUUUCUUGAAAGCAUUGAGACGGGCAACUCCCAAGGACCAAAAAAUCGGGAUGGUUGGCUUUUGCUGGGGUGGGAAAUAUGCCAUCCGGGCCGGUCUGGAGAGCAACAUGAUUGAGAGAGAUGGCACAAAAGUACCUCUUGUGGAUGCGGUGGCCGCGUUGCAUCCGAGUAAUCUGGCCAUACCUGACGAUGUUGAGAGCUUGGUAGUGCCUGUCACCUAUGGGUGGGGUCUAAAUGAUGAGGGUGUGAGCUUUGAGACAAAGGCUAAGGUGGAAGAGGUCCAUGCAAAAGCGAGCAAAGCCGGGAGAAAGAUUCCAGAGCAGUUGCACAAGGUCUAUACACCUGGGCGGCAUGGAUUUGCUGUAAGAGGCAAUCCCGAUGAUCCGCAGGAAAGGGCGGCCCUUGAAGACUCGGAGAAGCAGGUUCUGGAUUGGAUGAAGCGGUGGCUUUGA